AUGGCUGUCGUGUGGGUUCUGGUACUGGCCCUAGUGGGCACUAGCUGGGUGAAUGCGGAAGCGAGUUGCAAAUGUGGCCCUCGCCAUGAAUGCUGGCCGUCACUUGCUCGAUGGGAUGAUCUGAACGAGUCCCUGGCGGGAAGGGUCUUGCCCAAUGUUCCAGGCAUUGAGGUUUGCUUCUCUGAGAGUGAGGAAGACAAGAAUACUUGCUUGGGGCUUGCUGCUUCUCAACAACCUGAAGCCGCCUGGGAAAGCGACGAAGACACGCCAUCCAAAUGCCCCCUACGCCCCGCCGAUGCCUAUAUCAUCCGCGCAACGGAAGCAGACGACGUCGCAAAAGCGCUUAUCUUCGCAAAGAAUCACAAUCUGCGAGUCACCACUGGAUCUGAUCGCAACUCUUUGGAAAAAUCACGCGCCAAAGGCACACUACACAUCUCAACCGCCAGCAUCCGCAACGGCAUUGAAUACCACGAAUUCUACUCCACCCACUCCCCAUGCCCACACGCAAAAUGGAGCGACAGUGCCUUCACCGUGCAAGGAGGCUACACCUGGGCCGAGCUCUACACUGAAGCAUUCGCGCGAAAUCUCAUAGUCAUAGGCGACACCGACCAAACGACCGAAAUCACAACAACCAGCGACACCCUCCAUCCCCUGAUCCAUACGCUCGGCCUCCCAGCCGACCAAAUUCUCUCAAUGGAAGUCGCCCUCGCAUCAGGCACCACAGUCUCCGCCAAUGCCUGUCACAACCCCGACCUCUUCUUCGCGCUCCGCGGCGGUGGCAGCGCAGCAUACGGCAUAGUCGUGUCAACGACACUGAAAGCGCACCCCUCACGUCCGGUCACCGCGCAUACACUUCAGGUGUAUCCGGCGCCGCACAGACGGGACCCGAUUGCGGGUGCGCUUGCCCUUAUUGACGCUGUGUCAGAGAUUCUGGCGGCCUAUCCUGCGCUCUCGAAAGGAGGAUUUUCCGGACAUGGUAGCUGGGGCGUGGAGAAGGUGGGCGAAGGGAUACAUCUCCCUGGGGUGUCGACUGCGGUGCGGGCUAAUGGGGGGUACAGUCAUGUGGUGGGUAGGGUUGAGAAUGGCGGUGGAAGUGACGGUUCUGCGCGCGCGCUCCUUGACGCGGCUCUUAUGGACGCUCUGCGUCGGCGGAAUGGGUCGACGCUUGUCGUCGAAGAGUCGGUGAUUGAGUAUGCCUCGUUCGGGGAAUACUUCAACGCACUUGGUGGGAUGAAUGCAAUAGCAUAUGGAAAUGUGGCAGUGACAUCGCGGUUGCUGGAUCGGACCGCAUUAUCAGCUAGUACGGAGAUGCUGAAAGAGAUGCUGCGCAUUACAACGACGAAUGCACCCGAGUUGCCAAAUCACGCGACAGUGUGGACCCAGUUGAGUCUUCUUGGGCAGGGAGAGUACGUGGUGGACCGGCAUGUUAGUGUGCAUCCGGCGUGGCGGAGGAGCUGCGCGGUGGUUGCGCCUAUGACGGUACUGUCUGUUGAUGCCGAUGAAGAUGUAUUUGAGAAAAUUCAAGCAGACGCGACACUGAGAAAGGGCGAUACGUUGAGGGAGUUGUCGCCGAUGACAGGGGCUUCGUCGGGGUGGAAGGAUGCGCGGAAUCCGUGGUGGAGGACGGAUCUGUUUGGGGAUGGGUAUCCGCGGUUGAAGGCCGUUAAGGAGAGAUAUGACCCGGGUAGAAUUUUUCAUUGUGAGGCCUGUGUGGGGAGUGAGGAUUGGAAGGAGAUAGAGGGAGAUAUGGGAGGAGCUGUGUUGUGUCGGGUGUAG